AAGUAUUAGAGAUAACAAGGAUUUAGGGUUGAGAGAGAACCAAUUGUGCUGAGAGGCGUCAGUCAUUCCAUAUUCCAGAUCUUAAAAAUGCUGAGAGCCGCUUUCACUCUCCUCCGUCUCCGCCACGUUCAGACUCCUUGUAUUGUCGGCGUCCGUCGUCUCUGCUCGUUCUCCGAAGGAGGCGCAAGCCCCAAUCUCAAUCCAGAUGGUUAUCUCUAUUCUGAAUCGGAUGCCAGAGAACUGUUCGAAACCUGGUGCAACAAAUAUUUCAAAACAUACUCUUCGGAAGAGGAGAAACUCUUCAGGUUUGGUCGCUUCAGGGAAACUCUGGAAUGGUGCAACCGCGAAAACCAGAAAAUUGAUAACCCAAAUCUGUACUACGGCACCUACGAACAUGCUGAUCAAACAGAAGAGGAGUAUCUGAUACGCUCUGGGGGUUGGGGGCCCUGUUUUUGUCCUGAGGAUGCUGCUGAGGAGGAUAAGGCAUAAUCUUGGAGUUUGUUAGGUGUCAGUUAAGCUAAUUUUCAAUUUGAAGUGAUUGCCCUUUCAAUUUCAAUGUUAUUUUACAUGUUUUAUUGUGGCUGAUUGGGAGAGUUUGUAUUUUGUUUACUGACUGCUUUAAUGUUCUUUUAGUUUGUUAGUGUGUAUGGAAUUCUGAAUUGGUAAUGAAUGAGGUAUAGUUUAAAAUUUAAAA